ACAAAAAAAUAUUACGGUAAUGACAAAAGUAACUUACUUUUGAAUUAAAAAGUUGUUAAAAUUUGCUACAUUAAAAGUUUUUUUCUUGUUUUGAAAAUGAAAACUUUUACUGCUACAGUUUUUGAAAAUCUCAUUGCUCACUGAUUUAAAAGUUUUUACUUUUAAUUCGACUGUAAAAUUUCUUUCAUUUUGACGUUCUCGUGUAACCGUGUACGCCUAAGUCGCAAAUGUAAACAAACACUUUGGUGGGUCCGGUGGUGCUGGUGAGUCUAGGACGCAAAGUAAAGCCGACCGCGGCAGCAGCCAGGACUCGGACGCGGAAACCUUCGUGAGCCAAACAGCAGCAGCGGAACGCCUUCGAAGGAGGGUGGUGCAGGAGCGGGACGAGGAUGAGAGGUAGGAAUGUGGAUUCGCACCGGUUGUAUUGGGUGGUGGUGGCCCGAGAUUGAAGGUCAAUUCGCGUGAGGACUGGGGUGAGAUCAUCGAGGAGAUGGCGCUGCCGAAGCGUUGCGUGAACAACGAGAUUGCGUUGAAGAAGAUUAACUUCCGGUUUUUGGACAAGUACGCGAAAGUUUAUUUUCACGAUGGGCCUCCGACGAAGAGGAGGACGACGAAAAGCUACAUAAUCGGAGGUGGUCAGCGCAGAUGUUGCACUCGGUGCCGGCGGUUUACAGCACCGCAACUUCCCGCCCACAAACACUCACGUCGCGACGGCGCAGCUUCAGCCGAAUGAAUCUGGACAGUGAGCCAAAAAAAAUCGAAUUAGGAUUACGUGCUCAAAAUCGAACUCCGUUCCGAGGGCCUCAUCAACUCCAUGUUCCGGAUGCGCUUCCAGGAUCGGGAACUCCCCGUUCAGGCACUUUACUUUCCAGCCGGGAAACGUCGACCACCCUUCCCGAAUCAAUGGCCAACUCCUCCAAGACUGUCCUGAUUGAGGCCGGAAACGUGACCAUCGUGUUACACUGCUGUCGCGUCGAAGCCUCCAUCCGGAACCGACCAAACUGGGGUAUUCGGAAGUGACCGGUGGCGUACCGUAUGAAGCAGAAGCUAGUGGAGAAGCGUUAAAUACAUAAAAAAGUAUUUUUCUAACAUACUGUUUAAUUUUUUUUAAAUAAAUGUAAAAAACCAAGCACAUUUUUCUGAAAUUAUCCCUGUAGUGCUAAAUGUUGUGUAUUCUUGCCAUAAAAGGUUUCUUUUCCAAAUAAAAGUAAAAUACUUUUACCAAUACAACGAUUUUUUUCCAUAAAUGCAUGGUAGUAUCAAAAACUUUCCAACUUUUAAAUUGAAAAGUUUGAACUUUCUACGAAUAUUCACCAACGCGAACUUUUAAUCCAACGAACAAUCUUUUUAAAUUUAGAGUAAUUUUUCU